GCCGACUCAGCCUGCGCUGGGCAGCCUCGCUCGCUCCCGGGUCAGCAAGCUGCUCGCGGGGUCCGAUCGCUAAGCCCGUGGCCGAGGCGGAGGCAGACGCCGACCCCGCGCCCAGCGGUCCGCGCCACCUUCGGAACAUGACAACCUGUGUGUGGUUCACCCUGGAGGAAGACUUCAGCCAUUGUGAAGCCUGAUAAUCCACUGUGACGUGUCUCCAGGUGCUUCAUGGUAUUCUACUCUGAGCGCUCCACACCGCUACUCUGCACGGCUCCUGAACCAUGGGGGAAAACAAAGAUGAGAAGCAGGCCCAGGCCGGACAGGUGUUUGAGAACUUCGUCCAGGCAUCCACGUGCAAAGGGACCCUGCAGGCCUUCAACAUCCUCACACGACAUCUGGAUCUAGACCCUCUGGACCACAGAAACUUUUAUUCCAAGCUCAAGUCCAAGGUGACCACCUGGAAGGCCAAAGCCCUGUGGUACAAACUGGACAAGCGUGGCUCCCACAGAGAGUAUAAGCGAGGGAAGACGUGUAUGAACACCAAGUGUCUCAUCAUCGGGGGAGGACCAUGUGGUUUACGCACUGCCAUUGAACUUGCCUACCUGGGGGCCAAAGUGGUCGUGGUGGAGAAGAGGGACACCUUCUCCCGGAACAAUGUGCUACACCUCUGGCCUUUCACUAUCCAUGACCUGCGGGGCCUGGGAGCCAAGAAAUUCUAUGGGAAGUUCUGUGCUGGCUCCAUUGACCAUAUCAGUAUUCGCCAACUGCAGCUCAUCCUAUUCAAGGUGGCUCUGAUUUUGGGUGUUGAAAUCCAUGUGAAUGUGGAGUUUGUGAAAGUUCUAGAGCCUCCAGAAGAUCAAGAAAAUCAAAAAAUCGGCUGGCGGGCAGAAUUUCUCCCUGUAGACCAUGCUCUGUCAGAGUUUGAGUUUGAUGUCAUCAUUGGUGCUGAUGGCCGCAGGAACACCCUGGAAGGGUUCAGAAGAAAAGAAUUCCGUGGGAAGCUGGCUAUUGCAAUCACCGCCAACUUCAUAAACAGAAACAGCACAGCUGAGGCCAAGGUGGAAGAGAUUAGUGGUGUGGCUUUCAUCUUCAAUCAGAAAUUUUUUCAGGACCUUAAAGAAGAAACAGGGAUUGAUCUUGAGAACAUUGUUUACUAUAAGGACUGCACCCACUAUUUUGUCAUGACAGCCAAGAAGCAGAGCCUGCUUGACAAAGGUGUCAUCAAAAACGACUACAUCGACACAGAGAUGUUGCUGUGUGCGGAGAACGUGAACCAAGACAACCUGCUCUCCUAUGCCCGGGAAGCUGCCGACUUCGCUACUAACUACAAGCUGCCAUGCUUAGACUUUGCUAGGAACCACUAUGGGCAGCCUGACGUGGCCAUGUUUGACUUCACCUCCAUGUACGCCUCUGAGAAUGCAGCCCUGGUGCGGGAGCGGCAGGCACACCAGCUGCUUGUAGCCCUCGUGGGUGACAGCUUGCUCGAGCCAUUUUGGCCCAUGGGCACAGGGUGUGCCCGUGGCUUCCUGGCAGCCUUUGACACAGCAUGGAUGGUGAAGAGCUGGAGCCAGGGUUGCUGUCCCCUGGAGCUGCUGGCUGAGAGGGAAAGUCUUUACCGGCUGUUACCUCAGACGACCCCAGAGAACAUCAACAAGAACUUUGAGCAGUACACGCUGGACCCAGGGACGCGGUACCCAAACCUCAACUCAAACUGUGUCAGGCCCCACCAGGUAAAGCACUUAUUCGUCACGAAGGAGCUGGACCACUACCCUCUCCAGAGACAGGGCUCAUUGAGAAGAUCCAUCAGCCUCUCCAGGCAGGAGUCAGACAUCCGGCCCAACAAGCUCUUAACCUGGUGCCAGCAGCAGACCGAGGGCUACCAGCACGUCAAUGUCACCGACCUGACCACAUCCUGGCGCAGUGGCCUGGCCCUUUGUGCCAUCAUCCACCGCUUCCGGCCUGAGCUGAUCAACUUCGACUCUUUGAAUGAAGAUGACGCUGUGGAGAACAACCAGCUGGCAUUUGAUGUGGCUGAGCGUGAGUUUGGGAUCCCUCCAGUGACCACAGGCAAAGAGAUGGCAUCAGCACAGGAGCCAGACAAGCUCGGCAUGGUCAUGUACCUGUCCAAGUUCUACGAGCUCUUCCGGGGCACCCCGCUGAGGCCUGUGGAUGUUUGGCGCAGAAAUUAUGGAGACAAUGAUGACCUGAACUUGGCUAAAUCAUCCAUUUCUAACAACUAUCUCAACCUGACAUUUCCAAGGAAGAGGACCCCACGAAGUACAAUAGGGGCGAAGGAGAUGGGGGUACUGAGGCAAUUUUGGCUCCGAAAUAUAGAUACCCAGGUGGAUGGCCAAAUCAGUGACAGUGACCCGAACAAACGAAGGCGGAAAGGCUUCAGUAACCUGGAAGAGCCUUCAACCUUUUCUACCUGUAGCUUGGACUCCAAUCAGGAGGGCAGCAGUAGUAGGGAAGGUGGAAAUCAGAACAAAGUCAAGUCCAUGGCAAACCAGCUGCUGGCCAAGUUUGAGGAGAACACUCGGAACCCCUCGCUCCUGAAGCAGGAGCGCCAUGUCUCAGGGAUAGGUAAGCCGGUCCUAUGCUCGUCCUCUGACCCUCCUGCCCACUCUCGUGGCCCCAAACUGCAGGAGCCCACACCCAGCCCAUCACCUCCUCUGAAAAGGCAGUUCCCCCCUGUGGUUGUGACGGGGCACGUGCUCAGAGAGCUCAAUCAAGUGUCUGCAGGUGGCGAGUGCCCAAGCAGGCCCUGGAGAGCCAGAGCCAAGUCUGACCUGCAGCUGGGCAAGCCAGAGAAUCUUGCUGCCCUGUCCCCUCCCUGCCAGGGGACACAGGCCCUUUCUGGAGUGCUGCGGCGGCUGCAGCAAGUGGAGGACAAGAUUCUCCAGAAGAGGGCACAGAACUUGGCCAAUAGGGAAUUUCACAAAAAGAACAUUAAGGAGAAGGCGGCCCACCUCGCUUCCAUGUUUGGACAAGGGGAUUUCCCACAGAAUAAACUACUCUCUAAAGGCCUGUCUCACGCUCAAACUCCGUCUUCUUCCUCUUGCCUUCCGUCUCCUGACCCAGCUGCUACUUCCUCUCCGGCGACUGUUGACUCUGCUUCCCUUUCCAGAAAGGAACAGAAGCCACCUUCCGAUUUCCAUUUCCACCCCAGCCACUUAAGAACAGUACGGCCUACUCAGCUGACAGUAGGGAAGGUGUCCAGUGGAAUAGGGGCUGCAGCUGAAGUCCUGGUCAAUCUGUACAUGAAUGAUCACAGACCUAAGGCCCAGGACACCUCUCCAGACCUGGCAUGUGGGCGGAAGUCGACAUUGCCCCUGAACCUGGGUGGCAGCGACACCUGUUACUUCUGCGAGAAGCGUGUGUACGUGAUGGAACGACUAAGCACCGAAGGCCACUUCUUCCACCGCGAGUGUUUCCGCUGCAGCGUCUGCGCCACCAUCUUGCGCCUGGCUGCUUACGCCUUCGACUCAGACGAAGGCAAAUUUUACUGCAAGCCGCACUUCAUUCACUAUAAAGCCAACAGCAAACAACGGAAGAGACGGGCAGAGCUGAAGCAACAGAGAGAGGGAUGUCUCGUCUCUAGCGUGCUGGAGGAGGGGACGUGGCAAGAGCAGGAAGCCCCUCGCAGAGACACUCCCUCGGAAAGCUCUUGCGCUGUGGAGGCCAUCAGCACCCCGGAAGGCAGCCCCCCAGCAGAUGAGCCCACCUCCCCCAAGAAGCCAAAGAGCAUCCCUGAGCCUCAGCACAGUGAUGGCGAAGGGGACGCCGCCUCUGCCCUGCCCUCUGAGUGGACCCCAGUGAGGAUCAGCCCCGGAGAGGACACAGGGGGGCAGGAUGUGCUGGCCGUGCAUGUCCUGGUCACCAGCGAGGACAGCAGCUCUGAUGCAGAGUCGGACUAUGGCAGCAGCGAGGACUCCCGUGCAGAGCCCUGUGAAGAGUGGCCCCGGCCGCCAGAAUCCCCACCUCUGCCACAGCCCCUCACCCGGCACAUCUCUCUGAGGGAGACCCUGACCCGGGCAACCUCUCCACAGUGUCCCGAGGAGCCCACAGGUGUGCAUGCUGCUCUGCAACGGGCCAGUAGCUUCCAGUCUCCAAACCGGAGCAUAUACCAGAACUGGAGAAGAGAAUUCCGGUCCAGUUUGACAUCAAUGAACGAAAGAACCGUGUCACCUCCAAAGGAACCUCCUCCGCCUUUUCCUUUUUCUUCGUCAUCCUCUUCAUCUUCCCUGCCAUCUUCUUCUUCUUCAGCCAGUAUCCCUAGGAAUGCUCUGGAAGGUUCCUCUCCACCUCAGGUGACAGCUUACGAUCCCCCUUCACAGGAUUUGAGAGGUCACCGCAGUCCUUCCACUCCCAUCUUUCUGAGGCGAGCCAGAGCCCAAGGAGGACCCAGGGAUAUUCCCCUAUAUCUGCCUCAUCACCCAGGGCUGGAGUGGGCAGAAUACUGCCUGGUGAGCCCCGGGAGAGAUGCAAGCCCUGUGGAGAAGGCCUCGGCUGGGUGCCAGGAGGCAGAGGCCCCUGCUGGGGACACCAGAUGCAUCCACAGAGACCCACCCCUUAUUGGGGGGAAGGACAGGUGCUCACCAGACCAAGAGCUAUGUUCUAGAAAUGAAGAAGAAUCAAGAGACGGGAGUAUUGGACCCAGGAGGGAGGACGAAGGUGGGCCAGACCUGGCAGGGGAGAAGAAGUCUGGCUUAAAGAAGUUAGUCCUCACUCAGGAGCAGAAGACCAAGUUGCUGGAUUGGAAUGACUCCAUCCCCGAGAGGGCGCGCCUCCAGGCUGGGGAGCAACUUUCCCAGAAAAGUGCUGAGAGUGGGAGAGGAGGCCGAGUGCUGAAACCAGUCCGUCCCUUGCUGCUCCCUCAGGUGGUGAAAGAGACCCUGCCAGCCCAGAGGGAAGCCUGGACAGAGGUGGGGUCCCCCGCAGAACAAUCCACAGGGGAGCCCAGCAUGACUCCACCCAGGUCGCCCCUGCGUGUCAUCACCAAUGCCAUCCGAAAGUCCCUCUUCCCCAACUCUGAAGGUGGGAAGAAGGCCUGGGCCAAACCAGAAUCCAAAACUUUGCCCACUCACACCUCCACUCGCUCAUUCAGCCUUUGGAAAACCAGUUCCAGUAAAGACCAGGACCCGCCCUCCCCGAGGAGAACCAUGGCGGGCAGGGCAUCAGCCUUCUUCUCUCUGGGCACCCAGGCUGCCAGGGCCACGCAGUCCUUGGACCUCAGCCCUCCUGACCCUGCCUUCCGCACCCACAGUUUGCCCAAUCGGCCAUCCAAGACCUUGCCUGCACUCAAGUCCCCACCCUGCAGCAGGAUUGAAGAUGUCCCUACACUCCUGGAGAAAGUGAGUUUGCAAGAGACCUUCUCAGAGGCUUCUAGGUUUCCAAAAAAAAGAGUCUCACUUUUUUCCUCUCUCAGACUCAAAGACAAAUCUUUUGAGAGCCUCCUCCAAGAAUUCAGACAAAGAAAGGACAUCAGGGACCUCUUUGGCAGUCCCAAGGGGCAGGUGCAGCCUGUGCUUGCGGAGAAGCUGGUGCAGCCUUUCAGAAGUGCCUCCCUGCGGCAGGCGGGUGCUCCUGCUCCUCCGGAAGAUGCAGGCUCCACACACCUCCCUGUCAGAGCGCAAGUAACAGAGGCUGCCUCUUUUGCUUCUUCAACCAGCUCCUCCUCUGCAGAUGAAGAAUUCAAUCCCGAGCUUUCCUCCCAGUCAAAGGAAAAGAAGACACUGAGGAGAAGACGGAAGCUGGAAAAAGCAACGAAGCAAUUGGUUAAGCAAGAAGAAUUGAAAAGACUCUAUAAGGCUCAGGCCAUCCAGAGGCAGCUGGAGGAGGUGGAAGAGCAGCAGAGGGCUUCCGAGAUCCAGGGCGUGCAGCUGGAGAAGGCUUUGCGAGGAGAAGCAGAUUCAGGCACACAGGAUGAAGCACAGCUUUUGCAGGAAUGGUUUAAGCUGGUUCUGGAGAAGAAUAAAUUAAUGCGAUAUGAGUCAGAGCUCCUAAUCAUGGCCCAACAACUAGAAUUAGAAGAUCAUCAAAGCAGACUGGAGCAGAAAUUAAGAGAGAAGAUGCUCAAAGAGGAGAGCCAGAAAGAUGAGAAUGAUCUAAAAGAGGAACAAGAAAUAUUCACCAAGAUGAUGCAAGUGAUUGAGCAGAGGGAUAAACUCGUAGACUCCUUAGAGGAACAACGCGUCGAAGAGAAGGCUGAAGACCAGCACUUUGAAAGCUUCAUCUUCUCCAGAGGGUGCCAGCUGAGCAGGACGUGACAGGGGACAGGGUCACUCUCCCUCCUGGCAAGCUGGGGGCCGGAUCGGGCCAAGCACCCCACCCAUUCUCACAGGUCUUUCUGUGGGAUUGUAUCAUCCCUGGGACUGAAAUUAUACUCAACUGCAUUUUUUUUUUUUUUUAAUGAAAAUUCUCUUGCGUGUACUACAGCUUUCCAUGAUUCUUCCAGAGCUUCUAAUGAAGAAAACACAAAGUCUCUGUUGAAGCUGGCGGUUCUCUUUGGCUGUCACACUGGGGGUGCUGCUGACAGAUGACCAGCCUUGUUUUCCCUAGAAAGUGGCACAAAAGACUUGACUUUCAUGCCGCUUCUCUCACUUUCCUUCCCGAUGCAUUGAGUUACAUACUUUAAGAUUUUUUCAGAAGCUGCCUUUUCAUUAAUAUAUCCAUAUUUACCUUUUUCUGCAUGGAUGACCGGUUUCCAAAUGUCAGAAAGCGGCAGCAACAGUUUAAAGAUUAGGUUAAUAUUUAAAUUGUGUUUCCAGAGAAAGUGGAGAAACCUUGAGAUUACUGAUUACAUAAAGCAAAGAACUCACAUAGCAGGUGUUAAUUCAAUCCACGAUGAAUUUAAUUUACCAGGUGUAUUUAUAAGCCCUAAUAUAAUAUACAUAAGCAAUGAGAGUUUAAUAGAACAUUUGAGCCUUAAUUUUAUGAAAAAAGGAAAAUGAAACAAAGAGAAAAUAAAACUUUAGCUUCUUCCAGCAGGAUUAUUAGUUUUCACCAAAUACUGUGGGUUUAGAAAAGGGUUUUGUUCCCAUGCUACUCUUUCCGUGGCCCCUGGAAAAUAACAAAAAGCAUUUUUAGAAAAUGAGUAAUUUUGAAGUGCUUUUUAAAUAAGUGUUGGUGAUGGCAGAAAGAGCAAUUUUUUCAUUUGUUGAUAAAAUGUUGGUAAGCUGGUGCUGCUCCUGAACGUGAACGCACUAGUGGUACCAGAUAAGGAGUGCUUCUCGAGGGCAGACUCAGAUAUAGAGAAGUGUCUCUUACUCUCCCCAGGGAUUGAGUACUGACCAGGACAAACCUGCUUCUGACUUCAAGGUAGAGCUGAAUGCAGGGAAGCUGUUUACCAAAUCCGAUAUCAGGUUGUAGAUUUUUUAUGACAUUUCAAUAUGAAAAGAAAGCUUUAGAGACGGAGAUCACGCACUCACCUGUCGGAAUUCCUGGAGUGCUUUGAUGGUUCAUGUGGAGGCCAAAGAAAGAAGAUUUUAAAUGGUGAUGUGUUGUCAUAAAAUAUUUGAUUGUCUUCCCCCAGUGGCAUUCUUUGAAGGUUUACUCUGUUAUUGAUAAGAGAGAGACUAAAGAAGUCCUUGUUAUAUACUGAGCCACAAUGUGUCAUUACACAAAAGGUGCUUUGCAACAGUUGGCUCUUAUGGGAGAACACAUUUUUCUCAAUAGAAGUUGACCCAUGAACCCCUUCUGUCAGAGAAGCUCUCUGCACACCAAUCUGGCCAGCUCACAAGCCAGAAAUUAGGUGUAUAACUGGAUUUCCUCUGAGUCAGCCAAUGUUUGGGGUGUCUUUAAAUACAACCUUUCCAUGUUAUAAAAAAUUCCAAAGGUUGUAGUUCUUUUUCUUUUUCUUUCUUCUUUUCCUUUUUUAUAAGUAUCAAGUCUUCUGGUGCCUGAAUUCUAUUGUUAGGGGGUAUUUGGAAGCAUCUACCUACCUACCGACCUAUGAAAACAAUACCACUUCUGGCUAUUUAUCUAUUUUUAUUUAUUUGUAUAUUAGGUGAAAAUGGAUAAUAUGAUUUCUUCAUAAUUCAGGUUUUCCUGUGUUGUAAUUUGGAGAAGACCUAUUAGCAUUAAGAAAUCAUCAUAUAAGCUAUUUAACAUACAAAUAAUCCUGAUGUUUGGGGCAGUGAAUUGUACAGUAUUAAAGAUGCUUGGAGAUAUUCAGAAUCAUGUUUUCUGCCCUCAUUCAGAGGUAAGAUUAUGGGUGCACAUGGCCAGGUACAGUGGCUCACGCUGUAAUCCUAACACUCUGGGAGGCUGAGGCAGUUGGAUCUUCUGUGCUCAGGAGAUUGAGACCAACCUGAGCAAGAGCAAGACCCCUGUCUCUACUGAAAAAAAUAGCCAGGUGUUGUGGUACACACCUGUAAUCCCAGCUACUCAGGAGGCUGAGGCAAGAGGAUCACCUAAGCCCAAGAAUCUGCAGUUGCUGUGAGCUAUCAUGAUGCCAGGGCACUAUACCCGGGGCGAUGGAGUGAGACUCUGUCUCUAAAAAAAAGAUUAUGGAUAUACAGGAAUGUUAAGUCAUAAGAAAAAAGAUAUAUAACUUCAGUUUUCACUCUAUAAUAUGCAGAAAUAUUCAAGCGUAGUCUUUUCUGUUGGUUGAAUAAAAGUGUACCAUUUAAGGCCUACAUACAUUUACCAGAUGAUGCUCAAAUGUGUAAUGUUUGGGUUGCUAUUGUACAAAAUAAUUAAUUGCCACUUAUUUUAAUUUCUUAUAUUUCUAUCUAAAAAAACCCAUUCUCCCAAGAGGGCCAAGAAAAAAGAUAGUUCUUGGCCUUUAAUAUUUUGUUAGUAGAGGUGACAAGCAAUUUGAUCACUUUCUUCUAUAGAUUAUGUUUUUCUGUUUACAGCUCAGUUAUAUCUGGCCAAGUUAAAACAUAAACCUCAGAUUUAAUUUUGAAUAGUUUUCUAUAUACAUAAAACGAUUUCAUCCAUAAAAAUCCUUUCAAUGACAUUUCCAAAGAACGCAAAUAUUGUGGCUGUUGAACACAUCUAAAAUGAUUGCAUUCCUUAUUCACAAUACUGUUCUAAGAUCCUCAAAGUGUAAAAUGUUGUACAAUUUGAAGACAGUUUCUUUGUAGGCAAUAUGAGGAGGAUUAUGAUGGGAAUGGACAGAGCCUUCACUGCCCCAUUAAAGAGCACUAGUGAGGGUGAUAAAGGCCAAACCAUCAGGUCAUGUUUCACAGUCAGUAUCACACAGCUUCUAAGUUAAACCAAAGGUAUUAUGAUAGUAUAAAGUCAGAAUUGUACAUAGGCUGGACCCAGGAUACAAUUAUUACGAUUGCUCUCCCCAAUUAUGCAUUUAUCAGUCUAUUUAUUUAACAUGCUCUAAAUGCCCAUCAGGUCUGCAGCCCAAAGCUAGAUGCUGAGAUACAGAAAGAUUAUUAGUUCUCCAUUCUACCUCCAAAUAAAUACAAAGAUGAUGAAACAAGCACCCCCCAAAUACAAAGAUUAAAAACUACUUUUAUUAUAAGCAUCAGCUUAUUCUCCUCACACUCCUCUCAAGCAUAAAAGACGUAUACCCUCUGUGGUGCUCCCUUUGGCAAUAAAAAUAAGUUUGUGUUUCUAAAACUGUGAAAAAUAAUAUCAGGUUGUACUGUUUCAUUUAAACCUUAACUUUGGCAGCGUUAGCCUCCUUGGAAUCAAUCAAUGCCAAGAUGCCGCAUGUUAAUUGCAACUGAGAAAGGAAAUGGCAGGUGUUUCCAACCCCGAUGAGCUGCAUUGAAAUUGAUGUUUUCUGCAUUCUGGAAGCAAAUGACAAUUCAGCAGCAUCUUUCUUUCCAGUAAGCAGAUUUAUAGGCUUUUCCUUCCAAACUGAAAAUGGCAGCAUGCCCCACCCAGGUGGUUGAUCAGAGAAGUACCUCGGCAGGGCAGAGGUGGCAGGGGGCAGCCAGGGCCACCACAUGAACAGAGAGUGCGGCAGUCAUUGGAUGCGGUGAGCUCAAAUGAAAGGGUAUAUUGUAAUCAGGAAGUUCACGUACAGAGGAAAGUGUACUAUUUCACCUAUUUAUCUUCUAACCUCACUGCUGAGUAGCUGGUAAAAGAUUAAUUUGCUCCAACAAUUGGAAACUAUUCAUGUGGAUGGAAAUGUGUUCUGUGUGCACUGCUGUAAAUACUGAAAUGGACCAAAAAUAAAUGGUUUUGUGUCUCAGGAAUCAAAA